CUUAUUAUUAUUGUUUAUUAUAAGUAGUUGUUGAAAAAUUAAGUUUUUUUUUCUUUAGAUAGGAAAUACAGCUUUAUAUAUUGCGAAAUGUUGCAAUUAGUAAUUUCGAACCCAAUUCAUUUAGCAAAAGAGUAAAAUUUAAAAAGAAAUAAAAGAAAAAAAAUAAGAAAAAACUGGGCAAAAUGUGGUUUCAGAGAGGUAAAACAGUGUAAAAAUAAUUUGUCAAGUUAAAAUGUUCUAUUAAAAGAAGUUUUUGUGUUGUUGGCUGAUAUUAGAAGGUGAUCUUAAGAAUUUUUAAUUAAUAAUUUAAUAAAUUUUAAUUAAUAAUUAAUUCAGUGUUUUAGUCAAGUGAUUGUUUUUGAAGAUUUUAAAAUUUUGUCAAUGUAGCUACCAACUUGUAAAAAAAGCAGAUCACCUACUACAACAAGUAAUUUUUUAGGAUUAUUGUAGAUUAUGGAUAAUGUAAUACUGAUUUUUUUUUUGAGUUUUAAUUUAAUUACAAUAAUAACAAGCUUUACAGUUUUCUUACAAAUUGCAAAAUUUUAAAUUAGACUUUUGCUGUCUUUUGACAUCAGAUAACUAACAUACGCGUUUUUUAUUUAUUUACCCAAUUAUCGUCAACGCAAGAAAAUAACAGUGUUUUCUCCCCGUUUUCUCACAGAGUUAUUGACUGCAAGAUGACACCAGCUCAAAGCCUAUUUCGAUUUAUCAUUAUCGUAAUUUUUACGAACUUUGUCUCCUCUAACGAGCUUUUAUCUCGUAAAAAGCGAUAUCUCGUAUUUCCCGAAGGCUCGAGUUUAUCCAUCGCAAUAUGCAUGACUGCUCAAACGGGAAUAACUCCAGGUGAAAUAUUCACUGAAGGCAUAAACUGGGGCAUCUCGUACGAACUCCCAAAUGACACGAAACCGUUUAAAGAACUCUUGGAUAAACCGAAGGAAGUGAUGCAGAGGCGACAUCGGCGUGAACUUUACACGAAAAUAGAAACCAUAAUGCGAUCAAUGGGUUACAAUGGACGCGACUGUGUUUUAAGAGCUUUAUGUGAAGCUUCACGGUUAAAACCGAAAGGAGAAAGUCUCGUCGAUGAAAUUUUACGAAUCGUGUUCAGGUAUCCGGAGUAUAAUAAAGGAGAUGAGGGGAAACAGGUUCAGUAUAAUACAGCGGCGAAAAAACGAAUCAAAUUCAAGGAAGAAUGUUUCGAGUUGUUUCCCGGUUGCCCUUUCUCACUGAUUGAUCUUGCGCUCGGUUAUUACUCUACUUUUUAUCAUUUGGAUUUGUUAUAAAUCACACAAUGUAACAAUUACUUGAAUAAACAAAGUUCCGUUAGCUAACUGUGAAUUAUUAUCUUAGAGAGUUG